ACAUCAACUCUGCCAGAAAACUGCUUGAGAAGUACACAACCUGUGAGAGAGGAAGCAGAGACAGCAGAUUGUUUUGAAGGUAACAGAACCCUUAUAAGAAUCAUGAAGAUCCUUCUCAUCAGCUUGUGUUUUUCCUGUCUUCUUCUGAUCUCCCUUAUUGAUGCUAGACCCGUACACGAAGAGCCAGACCCAUAUGAAGAGGCUCCUGCCCAUCCCUACUGGCCCUUUUCAACCUCAGACUUCUGGCAGUAUGUUGAGCAUUUCCGUAGCCUGGGAGCAUAUGACAGGAUCAAUGACAUGGCUCGUACUUUCUUUGCUCACUACCCAAUUGGAGAUACACUGGGAUACACCAGCCGAAACCAUGAGCACUAGAAUUGUUUAGUUCUAUACUAUGAGUUGCUUGAAUAUAGCUGUAUAUACAAAAUGUCUGCAGACCCUGCUGUAAUGUGUAUACAGCAAAAUGAACCAAUGUGAAUGGUGUCAGAUUAAGUCGCCACCCCAAAAUCCAUUAAACUGGACAUAAAAGUCAUUGUAUGGAAAGAUCAAAGCCUUUCACAUUAAUAUGCUUAGUCCGUAUAAAAAGCAUGUAUAUUUUGGAUUUUACAACAUACCUGGCUUACUGAAAUAAAACUCAUCUACUUAUUGUAUAAUAUUUUAUAAUAAUAAAAAUGGCUUCUAUUAAUACA